CUUACUACAUGGAGGGAAACCUCGGACACCCCGUGUUCCAGACUCAGUUCGGGAGGAUUGCGGUGAACAUCUGCUACGGGCGGCACCAUCCUCUCAACUGGCUCAUGUACAGCAUCAACGGGGCUGAGAUCAUCUUCAACCCCUCAGCCACCAUUGGAGCACUCAGUGAGUCCCUGUGGCCAGUUGAGGCCAGAAAUGCGGCCAUUGCAAAUCACUGCUUCACCUGUGCCAUCAACCGAGUGGGCAAGGAGUGCUUCCCGAACGAGUUUACGUCUGGAGAUGGGAAGAAAGGUAUGUUCCAGGAAUUUCUGUGGUUGGCUGCAG